AUGGCAGCCCGCCGCAGCGACAACGAGGACAAUACGACCGGCGCACCACUUGGUCUUAGCCGCACCCCGUCGGACGCGCUCAAGGAACUGAUGCGCCACCACCCACUCCAGAGGCUCUCCUCCCCCUCCCGCGAACUCUCCCUCGCCGUCCACGCCCUCGGUCUCAGCUCCUUCGCCUACUCGUUCUGGUACCUGACCGCGCACCCCAACCACAUCAACCGGGCGUACGGCUGGCAUUUCCAGUAUCUGACCAUCAUCGGCCUGCUGCUCGCGACGCUGACCUUCAGCUUUGGCGUCUUCGCCGACGUGACCCUCUCGCGACGCCUCUUCCAGGCCAAGAACCUGCUCAGCAUGACCUCGGCGCCCAUGAGCGUGCUGAUCUCGCUGCUCUACUGGGGGCUGCGCGCCAUCGAUCCGGAACUCGUGGUGCCCAAGGAGUUGGAAUUGCCGCUGCCGCCAGACCUGAGUUUUCAUCUGGCGCCGGCGGCGUUUUUGGUGGUGGAUCUGUUGCUGUUCAGUCCGCCGUGGACGAUUACGGUGGGGCCGGCGUUUGGGUUGAGCGCGGUCAUUGCGUUUGGGUACUGGUUUUGGAUCGAGCAUUGUUUCCGGCAGAAUGGGUUCUAUCCGUAUCCGAUUUUCGAGCUGGUGGGGACGGCGGGGAGGGUGGGGUUGUUUGGUGGCAGUGCGGCGCUGAUGGCGGUCAACACGUCGGCGUUGAGCUGGGUGUAUCGGAUGGUAAAUCGAGCGGGGGAGGAGAGAGUGGGCGAGUUGAAGAAGCAGCAGUGA